AUGAAAGGAUUGUUCUAUUACUGUUUUAUGAAGAAGUGGAAUGGAUCCAAUAUUGUUUUAUACAAGUAUAGAAAUCAUGAAGGGGAAUUAUUUAUCAGUGCAAAAACCAAAGGAACACCAAUUGUUGAGAAUAAUGAAAAAUACAAGAUCAAGUUCUUUGAUUUGACUAUCAAGUGUUUGAAAAAGUUAAACAUGUUGUUGAUAGAAGAAGAAUCCAAUAGUUUCAAGAUUAGAACAACCACGUCAGUAACAACCCCAUCUACAACAAUCACAUCAACAACAAUCACACCCCCAUCCAUGAAUCAUGAUGACAUUUAUUUUAAACAUUUCAUUGAGAAUGAUCAAAUCAAUUCCAUUUCAUGUGAAUUGUGUGGAUAUGAAGAACCUCAUUUGGUCAAGUAUGAUUUUGAUAUUGAAUUGAAACCAUUGUUGUUUUUGUAUCAGGAUGGAUCUAUUCAACCAUGUGUUGCAUUAAUGAUGAAUGAUCAUGAUGAUUCAAGAAUGAACUCUACCACCACUAAUACCACCACUAAUACCACCAUCGCAUCCACAGAUGAUCCUAUGAAGAAUGUCAUCAUGAUGGACAUCUCAUCACACAUUCCAGAGAACAAUCUACCCUAUGCGAUUCAUAUACACAACAGUAGUAGUAGUAGUGAUACAGAUAGCACUCCAACAACAGCUCACAAUUCUAGUAAGGCUACUACCACCAAUACCACUAAUAGUAGUAGUAGUAAUAAUAAUAACAAUAAUAACAAUAAUAAUAAUAUUAACACCACCAAUACAAACACCAUCAUGAUUAAUCAUCUCUAUGAAUAUAGCAAUAAUUAUCAACAACUCGUCUUUCAUAUCCAAUCACUACAAGAGUAUAAUCUCAAAUUGAAUGAAGCCUUUAGAAAGGAACAUGAUUUACCUCAUCGAUAUGAAUACAAUCAUUUCAUUACUGAGGGAAAUGUCUUGUACUUGUUAAAUAAGAAUUUGAAGUGUGUGGAUCGAAAUUUCAUUUACAAAGUGAAACCAAGUGAUGUGGAAAAUGUUCAUUGGGAAACAUUUGGUGAAAAACACAAAGCACUUGUGGAUGAAGCAUUAAAAAAGAUUGAUUUGAGAGGUUUAGAAUUGACAGAGGAUCACUUAAAGAGAGAAUUAGAUACCGUUGGAGAGAAGGGUUGGAAUAAAUUUGGAAAUGCCAUGAUCAAGUAUGUCCAAGAACAUCACAAGAGACAAGUUGUGUUGUUGAAUGGACAUGUUGCCACGACUACAACUACGGGUAAGAGAAAGAAUGUACCAAAUGAUCCAACAUCAACAACUUGUGAUGAGACCACGACGAGUACUCACGAGCAUGAUGAUGAGACGAUCGAGGAGGGUGAUAAUGACUCUGCAGAUUCCGUGCAUCCAAAGAAACAAAAGAAGGAAUAA